AUCGGUUCUGCAGGCUCACCUUUCCCGAGUUUCUCUCGAGGAUGCGUAGUAGGCCGAGCCAGAUAUAUGAAAAUCGUCGGCCGGGUUUUCCGAUUUUCAGUUACAUUUCAGCAGUUCAGCAAGUUUGGUGACGUCUAACACGAAUGAUGGGACUGCGCCAUGCCUUCGUUGCCUCCUUCGACUUGUUAAUUGUUGCUUCGACGCUUGUUGCUUUUUCCGCUGGUAUUCCCACUUCUUUGGUCGAAGAGAUCAAGUCCAGCGAAAUAAGAAAUAAUAAAGUUAAGAGGGCACACCCGCCAGAUUUAAUAAAUACUGAAAGCAGCGAUGGAGAUAUUCCAUAUUUUAACAAGCCAACAGCCAUAAAACGAGGAGCUAAUCUGGAGCCAAAAUCUCUACCAGAUCUCCAGUGGGAACAGGAGCAAGCGGAUUUCAUCAACAGAAAUACAUUACCGAAUGUCUCAUCCAGCUUAUUCCGGUAUCCUGAUAGUUCCUCCUUUGAUGAGGACAAAACGCUUAGCGAAUAUGAAAAGGGAUACAGAUACGGGACUAGUAAAGAUAGUCUUGAUGAAGCUCUUGAGAAUGCAGUAUUGAAAUCUGAGCUGUACGGUGAUCCUGCCGCUUUAAAUCAAUACCGGUAUUACGGAGCCGAGGCCGCUAAAAGAAGAAGAAGACGCGACGCCAAGAAAUUAAGAUUACAACAACGCUUAAAAAGAGAAGUAGAACUAUCCCCAGAAGAGAUUCUCGCUUUGUUGUCUCUCUACGAAGCCAACCAGCGUCAACAUCAACUUCCGGCAAGCGAAAACUACCGCCACCCAUGGACCAGAUUUGAACCGAAUGUAGAUUCUGAAGUUGAUGAUGACGAAAAUUGGUUAGAUACUCCCGUGUUUCCAUACGCCAGUGGAUACGAUAAAGAAGCUGGACCGAAAUACUAUUAUGAAAAUGAAAUAAACGGACCACAUAUGGAGUUGGAGGAUAAAGAGAGAUGGAGAGGGUAUGGAGUUGAUCCUAGAAAUAAAAGAUUUAUGGUUACUAAAAGAAGAAGUAUGGAUCCAACCAGGGAACUGAGAUAUUUAAAUGGACCCAACAAAAACGACUUUUAUACAUUGUCUCAACUUCUAAACAACCAAAAGAGCUCAGAAGGAAUGCCGGUAUACCGUCGAUUAGUUUUGUAAGGAAAUUAAUAUAUUGAGCGUCAUAUCAGAGAUCUGAAGAAUGGUACCCUUCUUUUUAUCUAUAUAAGAUUUUAUUGUUCUAGACUCAAAAACAUAAAUUUAUUGUAUGUUAUUAUUAUAUUGGUGUAUAUUUUUUGAAGUAAAUUAUAUAAAUGGCAGUCAGUAUAAUAUAAGUGCGAAAUAAUUAAUUAAUGUACUAUACAUGUUGUACUUAUUAAAGAUAUAAUAAUAAAUUGUGCAUCAUUGCCACUAUUCAUUAUUUAGUUCUCAACCUGCAUAUUUUUGAAAGCAUGCUAAAAUUAAAAAACAAAAAGUAAUCCCAGAAACAUGUUAGAUUAUAGAUUGUACAAUAUUAUUGACUUAUCUAUAUACUGU